AUGCGGAUGUGCUCAUCGAUGUGGCUGCAGCUGGCGACGGGCCUGGCCCUGUUGGGUGCUGUGUCAUUGCAGACCCUUCAAUCGUUCCCCAAGCUCUGUGACAUUCGAAACUUUGACGAUUUCCUGCGGCAGACGGGCAAGGUGUACUCCGAUGAGGAGCGUGUCUACCGCGAGAGUAUCUUCGCCGCCAAGAUGUCACUGAUUACGUUGAGCAACAAGAACGCCGACACUGGCAUCGCUAGCUUCAGUUUGAGUGUCAAUCCAUUGGCGGAUAUGACCAGGAAGGAAAUCCUCACCCUGCUGGGCUCUAAGGUGUCCGAAUCUGGAGAAAAGUACACCGAUGGACACAUUAACUUUGUGACUGGCCCAAGGAGUCCAACUGCCGCCAAUCUGCCCGAGAAGUUCGAUUGGCGCGAGAAGGGAGGCGUGACCCCGCCCGGUUACCAGGGCGUGGGCUGUGGAGCCUGUUGGUCCUUCGCCACGACCGGAGCCCUCGAGGGUCACAUCUUCAGGCGGACGGGAGUGCUGCCAUCGCUGUCGCAGCAGAACCUGGUGGACUGUGCCGACGACUAUGGCAACAUGGGCUGUGACGGUGGAUUCCAGGAGUACGGAUUCGAGUAUAUUCGCGACCAUGGCGUGACCCUGGCCAGCAAGUAUCCGUACACGCAGUCGGAGAUGCAGUGUCGUCAGAACGAGACAGCCGGAAGGCCACCCAGGGAGAGCAUCGUGAAGAUCCGUGAUUAUGCCACAAUCACUCCUGGCGACGAGGAGAAGAUGAAGGAGGUUAUUGCCACCCUGGGCCCUCUGGCCUGUUCCAUGAAUGCGGAUACCAUCUCAUUUGAACAGUACGGCGGCGGUAUCUACGAGGAUGACGCCUGCAACCAGGACGAGGUGAAUCACUCGGUCACCGUGGUGGGCUAUGGAUCGGAGAACGGACGUGACUAUUGGAUCGUCAAGAACUCGUAUUCCCAGAACUGGGGCGAGGGCGGCUUCAUGCGACUCAUCCGCAACGCCGGCGGCUUCUGCGGCAUCGCCAGCGAGUGCAGCUACCCGAUCUUGUAG